AUUGAUCCGAAUGAUAUAAAUCUACCACAAAAGUUAUGUUGUGAUUGUAUCAGAAGUAUUCAAACAACAUGCAAUCUUAUUCAAUUAUGUAGAGAGACUGAUAAUCUCAUGAAGCAAAGAUAUCAGCUUGAGAUUGAAAAAGUUGUUAUUAAAGACGAAUAUUUCAAUGGAAACUCAAGUUUUUCUCAAGAUGAAAACGAUCAAGAAUAUUCUAAUGAAGAAUUGUUACAAGAUAAGGAAAAUUCAUCACAUCUACAACAUUCAAGGAAAUUAAUUGAAAAGCCUCAUGGAACAUCACCAAAAAACCAAAAAUUUAUAAAGAAAGUUAAUGAUUUAAGACCUAAAAAUAAGAAACCAGAAGAGUGUGACUAUCGAUGUUUCAUUUGUGAUAAAAUAUUCGAUCUUAUUUCUACUAAAGAUUUGCAUGUCAAACAAGAUCACGUGGGGAUGAAGAUCUGUAAAAUUUGUAAUAUUAGGAAACAAACGCCUAUUGCUCUAGAAAGUCAUCUCCGAUUUCACAAUUUUGGCUAUCGAUUCCUUUGCAGUAUUUGUGGAAAAAGUUUUCGAUACAGAAAUUUACUAGAAAGUCAUCUAAAAAUUGAACAUUAUAAUUCCAUAAAAUUCUAUUGUGAUGUAUGUCCAUACACUACAAAGUUCAAAAUAAAUCUUGAGAGGCAUGUUAAGUCAGUUCAUAUGAAACUCAAGAACUUCAGAUGUGACAAAUGCAAUGAUCACGAAUACUCAACACAAGUAGGACUAAAUCUUCAUCUUUAUAGAGUUCAUGGAGUUGAAGCUCCUGUUACUUGCGCUAACUGUUUACAAGGUUUCACUUUCGAGUCAGAACUUCGAGUUCAUAAAAAACAUUGUACUGGAUCAAAGCAUCGAACGAAAAAGGCAAGACCUCAAGACGCUCCAGUCGAUAUUCUUGAAAACGGCUUUCGUUGUCGAAUUUGUUUUCAAAUGUAUAACACAAGAAGUAAAUGGAGUGUUCAUUUUCAUCACAAACACAAAAACUCAAACAUUUGUUCAAUAUGCGACAAACAAAUGGCAAGUUCAACAAGUUUAUUUAAGCAUAUUCAAGUACAACAUAAUAAUAUAAAAAAGUUUCAAUGCAAUAUUUGUAUGAAGGCAUUUGGUUUUAAGCAUAGCCUCGAAUCACAUAAAAACACCCAUACAGGUGAAAAACCAUUUUCUUGCAAUUUAUAUUCUCAUGACUAA